CUCAGUACCUUCUUGUACCUUUUUUUUUCUAGUGGUGUGAGUCAAGAAAAUUUCAAGAAGGGGAAACAUAAAUUAAGCAACCCCCAAUGCGAUGACCUCUUUUCCCCUAUUUCUCCAUUAAACACCGUCAAGUUGUCUAGGCUAUUACUUCGAGCACUCUGUGUGCGCAGGCCGCCUUACAGACCAACUUUUCUCUUCACUCGUGCCACAAUGGCUACAAAUAGCGGCCGUGGUAAUCCUAUUAACGCAUCCGAGGGCCCAAGCAAGGUCGGCGAGGGCGCCCCACCCCCCGUCGCCGCCGACGUCAAGGGUGCUGUAACAGAAGCUGCGGGACAGUCAGACGGUGCUGGCGUGCACGCAUCAGGUCAAGACGCCGAAAUGGCCUCAACAGCUGCAACCAAGGCUGAGCCCAAGGUUAAGACCGAGAAAGAAUUAGAGAAGGAGCGGAAAAAAGCAGAGAAGGCUGCCAAGUUCGAACAGAAGAAAGCGAAAGCUGCUGCCCAAGCUACCCCUGCCGCUGGAGCCAAGCCAAAAGAGAAGAAGGCUAAAGCUCCCAAGACCGAAGAAGAACCCCUCCCUCCGUACGUCGAAGAGACCCCCUCCGGCGAGAAGAAGCGACUUCGAUCCCUCGACGACCCCCAACUAAAAGCUUAUAACCCUGUUGCCGUUGAGAGUGCUUGGUACGAGUGGUGGGAGAAGUCAGGCUUCUUCAAGCCCGAAUUCGCCCCCGAUGGCAGUGUCAAAGAGGAGGGAUCUUUCGUUAUCGUUAUACCCCCUCCCAACGUAACGGGUGCGCUACAUAUGGGUCAUGCCCUAGGUAAUUCCCUCCAGGAUGUCAUGAUAAGAUGGAACCGUAUGCAUGGCAAGACGACGUUGUGGCUACCGGGAUGCGACCAUGCCGGCAUCAGUACACAGAGCGUUGUCGAAAACAUGUUAUGGAGACGGCAAGGAAAGACCCGACACGAUCUAGGAAGGAAAAAGUUCGUAGAAACCGUCUGGGAGUGGAAAGAAGACUACCACAAACGAAUCAAUAAUGCGCAACGCAAAAUGGGUGGCUCGACCGAUUGGAGCAGAGAGGCCUUUACUAUGGAUAAGAACCUAAGUGCGGCCGUGACGGAGACCUUCGUCAAGCUUCACGAGGAAGGGACCAUCUAUCGCGCAAAUCGACUCGUCAAUUGGUGUACGCAACUUAAUACGGCACUAUCUAAUCUUGAGGUCGACAACAAGGAGCUUCCGGGCCGAACACUUCUUGAGGUGCCCGGAUAUGACAAGAAAGUUGAGUUCGGAAUCAUCGUGCACUUUAAAUACCCCAUUGAAGGCUCGAAUGAAACCAUUGAAGUUGCGACUACGCGUCCCGAGACAAUGCUUGGCGACACGGGUAUCGCUGUCCACCCCCAGGACGAACGAUACAAACAUCUAGUUGGCAAGAAUGCCGUGCACCCUUUCAUCGAGGGUCGUCUGUUGCCGAUUGUGGCCGAUGACUACGUCGAUAAAGAAUUUGGUACUGGUGCUGUGAAGAUCACCCCGGCCCACGACCCCAAUGAUUUUGCUCUAGGUCAACGACACAACCUGAAAUUCAUUAACAUCCUAACGGAUGAUGGUCUCAUGAACGAGAACACCGGAAAGUACAAGGGCCAGAAGCGAUUCGACGUAAGGUAUUCUAUCCAGACUGAUCUCAAGGAACUUGGAUUAUAUGUGGAUAAGAAGGACAACCCGAUGAAGGUACCUGUUUGCUCAAAGUCGAAGGACGUUAUUGAACCUAUCAUGAAACCUCAGUGGUGGAUGAGGAUGAAAGAUAUGGCUGCUGAGGCUGUGAGGGUUGUAAGGGAUGGUUCAAUCAAGAUCAAGCCUGAGACAGCUGAAAAUAGCUACUACAGGUGGAUGGAGAACAUCAAUGACUGGUGUCUUUCGCGUCAACUUUGGUGGGGCCACCAAUGCCCUGUAUACUUCGCUAAUGUUGAAGGUGAGACGGGUGAUCGGGCGCAGGAUGACUUAUGGUUUUCCGGCCGGACAGAGGAAGAAGCGCGAGCCAAAGCCGAAAAAGCUCUACCUGGGAAGAAAUUCACGUUGGAGCGCGAUGAAGAUGUGCUAGAUACUUGGUUUUCUUCCGGAUUAUGGCCGUUCUCAACUCUUGGCUGGCCGAACAAGACCCAUGACCUGCAGACACUUUACCCCACCAGCGUCCUCGAGACUGGUUGGGAUAUCUUGUUCUUUUGGAUCGCAAGGAUGAUUAUGCUUGGUAUGAAGAUGGUCGGAGAAAUUCCUUUCCGUGAGAUUUACUGCCACUCGCUAGUAAGAGACUCAGAUGGAAGGAAAAUGUCCAAGUCCUUAGGUAACGUUAUCGACCCUCUUGACGUCAUUAGCGGAAUCCCUCUAGCACAACUCCACGAGAAGCUAGCUCAAGGAAAUCUUCACCCAAGUGAAGUUGAGAAGGCCACGAAGUACCAGAAGGCGGCUUUCCCAGAUGGUAUCCCGCAGUGCGGAGCCGACGCUCUUCGAUUCUGCAUGGUCAACUACACCACUGGUGGAGGUGAUAUCAACUUUGACAUUAAGGUCAUGCACGGCUACCGGAAAUUCUGCAACAAGAUUUACCAGGCCACGAAAUUCGUCCUUGGUAAAUUGGACAGCGACUUCGUCCCCCAGAAGACUGGAAAGCUCACCGGGAAAGAGUCUCUUGCUGAGAAAUGGAUUCUCCACAAGAUGAACACUGCCACCAAGGAAAUCAACGAGGCUAUCGCUGAUAGAGAAUUCAACAAGGCAACAACAACGGUAUACCAGUAUUGGUACAACCAGCUUUGCGACGUAUACAUAGAGAACUCCAAGGCCCUCAUUCAAGAUGGUACGGAAGACGAGAAGCGCUCGGCUGUCGACACAUUAUACACAGCGCUUGAUAGCGCAUUGAAGCUAAUUCACCCUUUUAUGCCCUUCCUCACAGAAGAGUUAUGGCAACGUCUCCCGCGUAGCCCCGGCGACGAAACACAGACAAUCAUGCUUGCUAGAUAUCCUACGUAUGACCAGGAGUUAGACAACCCCGCAGCCGAGGCUGCUUACGAACUCGUCUUGGGAUGCUCUAAGGGUAUUCGAUCUUUGAUGGCGGAAUACGCGCUCAAGGACGAAGUUAAAGUUUUUGUACAAACCUACGACGAGACAGCAAACCAAACUGCCGUUGAUCAGGUUCAAUCUAUCAAGUCGCUCAGCGGCAAGGGUGUUACGAACAUAGAAGUGCUCUCCGGUUCGGACCCUCGACCUGCGGGUUGCGUAGCGUUCCCAGUAUCUAGUGCCGCGGCUGUGUUCCUACAUGUCAAGGGACGCGUAGAUAUCGAUGAUGAAAUCGCCAAGGCGAAUAAGAAGCUCGAUAAGACACGUGCUGCUAUUACUAAGCAGCAGAAACUCCUCGCUGAUUCAGGCUACCAGCAGAAGGUUGCGGAGGCUCUUCAGGAGGCUGACCGCAAGAAGCUUGCUGAUCUUGAGUCGGAGGCUACUGGGUUUGAGGGAACUAUUAAGCAAUUUGAGGGUUUGAAGUUGGAGUAAGUGGAUAUCCAAGUCUAGAUUCUUCCACUCGAGAGGAGAUGAGAAAAGGGGAGGUGUAGAGAAAGAACAAUAAAAUGUUCCCGAUGAGAAUAAGAGUUAGCCUAGUUUUUG